GGUGGCAGUGGGCAUCUUGUCUGCAUCACAGGCUGACCCCACACCUUCCAUGUGCGCGUGCGCAACACCUACCACGUGAUCGUGUCCGGAAAACAGAGCGAAACCUCGAGGUCUGCGCUGCAACAGGAACGACUAGGAGCUCAGCCCAGCUUCACAACACACUACACAGUCCGACCAGGAAAGACAACACAACAACAUGGGGGUUAAAGGGACAACUGCCGCCAUUAUAGCAGGAGCAGCAGGUGCUGUGAUCCUGGUUCCUGUGUCUCUGGGAGCCAUAGGCUUCACUGCAACUGGAAUAGCUGCAGGCUCCAUGGCUGCAACCAUGAUGUCGUCUGCUGCAGUCGCAGGCGGAGGAGGAGUGGCUGCAGGAAGUCUGGUGGCUGUUCUGCAAUCCGCAGGUACUGCUGGUCUGUCGUGGGCUGUCACUGGAGUUGUGGCCAGCACCGGAGCAGCAGUGGGAUGGCUGACGAGCCUCAUCAGCAGAAAAUCUUCGAAGGAAAAGAAAGAUUGAAAGAAAAAUGUUUUAUUUAAAAGUCCUUUUAAAUAAAGGAGCUAAUCAGAAAUUCAUACAUUUGGAAUGUGGAAGAAAAACAUGACUUAACCUGUGGAAGACCCCUGUUUCAUUGGGUUUCUGUGUGUCCAGCAGGAAGGACGUGAAUAAGUCAGUGAAUCACCCAGUGUGACUGAGCUAAAUCAACGCAAGUUCCAAAUCAGUCAAUAGCAAUAUAUAGAUCAGAGAAUGAUUGUUGUGCAUUAUAGUCAAAAACAUAAGCGGAGAAUAAAAGAAAUGAAGCAGCAACCAUGUCUGAUGUGUGUCUUAAUUUUACUUUGGAGUGCCACAGCUUUAACAGAUGCAGACAGUUCAGCCCAGACACCCUCAGGGUGUUUUUGACACAUAAGAAAAUCAUCAGAAAACUGAGAUGAUGCCCACCAUUAAAAUAAUUAAGAAAUCAAAAAAGUAUGACAAGUACUCCUCUAUUUCUAUCUAGAGUAAAGAGGUGUAUCUCAAGAAAGGCAGAGGGGAACUGCAUGGACUUCAUCAGGUUGAUUUUCCUCAGCAGUCCAGUAGAGACGCCCCCUAGUGUUCAGAUUGUCCCACAGUUUCGUUUCUGAGGAAACCUUCAUGACGUGGAAGCUGCUCACAACAGAGGAAACACAGCAGAGAGGAGAGCAGAGAAAAAACCAUGGACCCUGUGACAGGUGCAGCAAUUGUAGGAGGUGCAGUAGUGGCUGUGUUCGCGGCCCCUCUUGUUCUGGGGGCCGCAGGUUUCACCUCAGCUGGAGUGGUGGCAGGCUCAGUGGCUGCUAAAGUUAUGUCGGCUGCUGCAGUGGCUAACGGAGGUGCAGUGGCAGCAGGAGGUGCGGUGGCUGCUCUUCAAUCCGCAGGUGCGGCUGGUUUGUCGGUGGCCGCCACUGCAGCUGUGGCCGGUGUUGGAGCAGCUGGGGGGUUUGUGGCACGCCUCUUUAUCUGAAUAAUCAACAAUUGGUUACCUUGUUAAUCUGAUGAAGCAAGUGAUGAAGCAGCAUGUUUAUGUUCUGAAAUGUUUGGAAAGUUGUCUGGUUUGCAGUUACCUGACAUGAUGUUUCAUUGUUUGAAUCUUACAUCUCACAAAAUAAAAGCAACCGAGUUAAAACACA